AUGGCCUUUCAGGACCUUCUGGAUCAAGUUGGAGGCCUGGGGAGAUUCCAGAUCCUUCAGAUGGUUUUCUUUUGUAUCUCUAGCCUCAUAGUGUACCCUCACAUCCUACUGGAGAACUUCACUGCAGCCAUCCCUGGUCAUCGCUGCUGGGUCCACAUCUUGGACAAUGACACUGGCUCUGCUAAUGACACUGGGACCCUCAGUCAAGAUGCCCUCCUGAGAAUCUCCAUCCCACUGGACUCAAACCUAAGGCCAGAGAAGUGUCGUCGCUUCAGCCGCCCCCAGUGGCAGUUCCUUUACCUGAAUGGGACCUUCCCCAACAUGACUGACCUGGACACAGAGCCCUGUGUGGACGGCUGGAUGUAUGACCGAAGUUCCUUCUCCUCCACCAUCGUAACUGAGUGGGACCUGGUAUGUAAAUCUCAGUCACUGAUCUCAGUGGCUAAAUUCCUAGUCAUGAGUGGAAUUCUGGUGGGAGGCAUCAUAUAUGGCUAUUUAUCAGACAGGUUGUUAUUGUUCCUGUUUGGGAGGAAGUUUAUAAUCAGGUUGUGUUUCCUCCAGCUUGCCAUUGUUGAUACCUUUACAGUCAUUGCCCCCAAUUUCAUCAUUUACUGCUCACUACGUUUCUUGGCUGGAAUGUCUGCUACAUGUCUCCUGACAAUUAAUGUUUUGCUCACACUGGAAUGGACAGAGCCCCGAUUCCAAGCCAUGGCAACAACACUGUUGAUGGCUGCCAGUAGUCUGGGACAGACAAUCUUUGGAGGCCUGGCUUUUGCCAUUCGAGACUGGCACACUCUCCAGCUAGUGAUGUCUGCACCACUCUUUGUUUUGUUUCUGGCCUCAAGGUGGCUGAUAGAAUCUGCUCGGUGGUUGAUUACCAUAGACAAACCCAAAAAGGGCUUAAAGGAACUUCAAAAAGCAGCCCACAGAAACGGAAGGAAGAAUACUGGAGAUACCCUAACCAUGGAGGUCCUGAGAUCUGCCAUGCAGGAGGAGCUGCAGGCAGCACAGACCAAACCUUCUGUGUUUGACUUGUUCCGCACACCCAACCUGCGUAAAAGGAUCUGCCUCCUGUCCUUUGUGAGAUUUGCAAACGUGCUGACCCAUUUUGGCCUGACUCUCCACCUCCAGCACUUGGGGAGCAAUAUUUUCUUGUUCCAGAUUCUCCUUGGCAUAGUCACCAUCCCAGCCAAUUACACCGCUCUUUCGGCACUGAAUCACCUGGGCCGUCGAAUAACCCAGAUGCUUUUCAUAUAUCUGCUGGCAGUCUCCACUCUAACCAUCACUUGUGUGUCUGAAGAAAUGCAGGCCUUGUGUAUGGCAUUGGCAGCUUUAGCAAUAGGAGUUUCUUUCGCCACAUUUGCCAGUAACUUUUGCCAUGGAAGUGAGCUAAUUCCUACUGUGCUCAGGGUAACAUCUGUGGGAAUCAUGGGAAUUGCUUCUAAUACUGGGGCAGCCCUGGCUCCCCUGUUGAUGAUCCUAACGGUGUAUUCCCCUCACCUGCCCUGGAUCAUCUAUGGAGUCUUACCCAUCCUCGCUGGUCUUGUUGUCCCACUCCUUCCUGAAACCAGGAAUAAGCCUCUGCCUGAUUCCAUCCAGGAUGUGGAAAAUGAGGAAAAAAGCUCAAGAAAAACAAAGCAGGAAGAUACUUUCAUGAAAGUGACACAGUGUUAA